AAUUUUCAGAGUGUUGCCCCACCUUUGUACCUCCGGAUCCUGGAGCAAAGGGUCUGGUGCUGUUUCCGAAUCAAACGAAACCCCAACAAUGAUCAAGAAAAUAGCGACGACCUGAGCCGGAUAUCAAGAGACGCAAAGUAAUAAUUUUUUUCAAUGCCGUACAGUUGAGAUCCUUCAAUCUUGCCUGAGAGAUGCUCCAAGACUUGUUAGAAACAUAAAAAAAAAAAUCAAAUUAGGUUGAAGUCUUUUCGUGGAUCGGACCGCGUUGCCAAGACCAAACGCGAUGGCCAGCGGCGACGCGUCGGGAGAAUGGGAGCUACCAAGAGUGCGGUCAUCUCUCUUCUUCGAGGAUGACUUCAAGCACAUUACCGACGAUGUAGGCGGGGACACAGAGUUCUUUGAUGUCAAGUUCUACCCUUGGAACCCACAAGGUUCGCCCGAGAUAUUUGCGGCUGCUAGCAAGAAGCAUGUUCUCAUUUGUCGUCUCCAACACACAGCCCAGCCGAACAAGAAUCCAUGUGAGAUUAUCAGGGUCAUCAGAGAUGACGAUCACGAUGCUCUAGACUAUUCGUGUACUUGGAGUCGGGAUGCCAAGACGGAAGCCCCUUUACUAUGUAUUGGAGGCAGAGGUAACAACGUCAAGGUCUACGAUGUGAUCAAGGGAACGCUUGCUCUUACCCUUGCUGGACAUGGUGAUGGGAUUAUCGAUUUGAUAACCUCGCCAGCGAAUCCGUUGAUCAUAGCAUCGGCCUCUGACGACACUACUGCGCGCAUCUGGAGCCUGGACCCGGUUCAUUCUGAGCAGCCAUGCGUGGGCAUUCUAGGUGGAGAGAACCAUUCGUGGUACUUGCUCAGUAUUGCCUUCCACCAAACAGGCAGGUAUAUCCUAUCCGCAGGGCACGACAGAGUUAUCAGCAUGUGGACUUUACCCGAUUUUCCUAACCAACACAUGGAACGGCCCAUCGUCGUAUACUACCCGCACUUUUUAACCAACGAAAUUCACCCUAACCUAAUAGACUGCGUCUCCUUCUAUGGUGACAAUGUGCUCUCACGAGCUUGUCACGAGGACUGUAUCGUCAUGUGGCGGAUCGAGGGCUUCAGCUCGCACGACCCACCACCGGCGGCCCUGGACGCACCUACUAAUUACGACCCGAGCCAGCUGACGCGGUCAUCAUUCGUCCGCCAGACCGACACCAAAUCCUGCCCGCGUCCGUACACCCGCCUCAUGACCUUCCAUACCAAAGGCUGCGGGGUGCAGUUUUACAUGCGCUUCAGCAUGCUCCAACGCAAGGGCAUGCAUCCGGUCCUGGCGUUCGGUAAUGCCGGAUCCAAGAUCAUGUUCUGGGACAUGGCAAGGUUCACAGCGUAUGCAGACUACAUACAUGAGCUCAACAAGUCGGAAAGGGAGGGUAGCGAGGAGCCCAAACGACCCAGCUGGCUAGAGCCCCGACGACAGCAGCGUAAGAAGCCCACCGUUGGGACCGUAGAACGGCCUGUCAGCAAGUUGAGGACCGAGAACUCGAGUAGCGGGCGCGAGCUGAGACGCGAGCCGACGACGAGCAGGGCCGCAUCUAGCGCUCGUUCGACGCCUGCUGAGACGGCGCCUUCCGUCACUUCAUCCAAGGAGCUCGCCACCAGGGAGAUCACUGGACCCGAGGCGAGAACCGGCUGGGAAGAGAAAUACGGCAUCUCAGAUCCAAACGAGCCGAUAAAGCCGCACAAGGUUGAAUCAUUCAGCGCGUCGGCUGUUCUGGCGAGGCAGGUUGCAUGGAGCAUGGACGGUGCUUGGUGUGUCGUCGCUGGGAGUAAGAACUCGGUCGUCAUUUUGGAGCGCUGGAACCCGCACAAAAAGGAUACGACGCCAGUCCCAAAGGGUAGUAGCCAUAGAUAGAGCGGGUGUGUGUUUGUUGGCAACGCAUCGUUAUUGCUUCUCAGAAAUUCCAUGUUGUACAAUCGUUACAUACUCAUAAUCGUCAAAGAGCCUUUAUCUCUUUUUUUUUUUUUUCUUUUUUUUUUCCGAGCUCAUCGGCCCCUUAUGGGCAACGAAGAAAAGAAUGGGAGGUCGAUAUUACUGCUC